CCCUUUUCUCCUUCCAAAACGAGGAGGAAACGACGAAAGCAACCGCGAAGGCGGAAGGAGAGAGAGAGGGAGAGGGAGAGGAGAAUUCGCCGCCGGGCGGGCAAGGUCUCCUCCUCUUCCUCCGCCCCCCUCCCGAUCGAACAGGGAGGCUUGAUGGGAGGGAAGAAGGCGAAGACGGUGGAGAAGGAUGCCCUGCUGCUCUGCGGCGAUGUGCUCACGGAGGUCUUCCACAGGCUGCCGGCCCGCACCCUUGCGUCCUGCAGGCUGGUGUGCAAGUCCUGGAUGUCGGAGCUCACCGACCCGCACUUUGUUCACGAGCACAUGAAGAGAAGCCAGCAGAAGCUUCUGCUCUUUGCGAACGACAAGGCGAGCGACAGGUCGCUCGCCAUGGUGCUCGCGGACGACACAGGGUCCACAUACCAGCUGACUAGGCCGAUGGCUUCGCGGAGCGUCUUUGUCCACAAUUCUUGCAAUGGGCUGCUCUGCCUAGGUGACAGCACAGGAGUUGUGCAGUUGCUCAACCCGACAACUGGUGAAUCUGCUACGCUGCCAGUGCCGACGUAUACUGCAGGAAGCAGUCAGUUCUCGUCGUGUAAUUGGCACUGCUUGGGGUUUUGCCCAUCUACAAAGGAUCACAAGGUUGUACAUUUCUAUCUGGGUGAUCAUAUUGAUUCUUUGAAGGUGUGCUGCGAGAUAUUCACUAUUGGAGAUAAAUCCUGGAGACAAAUUGGGAGUUUCCAUGGAGCACCAACAGAUAGAGGUGUGCAUGUGAAUGGAGCGGUAUACUAUCUGACAAAGUUUCGUUACAUUGCUUCAUCACGUAUCAAUCGUUUGAAUCUUGAGAGUGAAAAGUUUGAUGUGAUGAUGCUUCCUCCACGCAAGUCCUAUGGAGGGCACUGCUCUUUGGCAGAGCUUGAGGGAAAGCUAUGCUUGUUAGUUGUGGAGGGUGGACAUGAAAAUCCACCUCGUACAAUGGACAUAUUGAUGCUUGAUAGUGGCGAUAAGGCGAGUUGGACACACAGAUACCACAUCUCCUUGCCCUGGUUGAUACCUUCGUGUUAUUUUACUCCAAAACACACACUGUUCCAUGACGAAAAAAUUUGGGUUCAGUUGUUGGCUCGGAACCUCUACUGCUAUGAUCCAAGUUCAAGCUCAGACGAACUGAAGAUGGCAUGUCCAGAAUCUGAGUUCCCUUUUAGCACACAUACUUUCACUGAAAGCAUAGUUCCUCUACGCCAAAACUACUUCAUCAAGAAGAUGCAGUGAUAAUGGUGUCCACCGCCUGUUUUCAAGAUGCUUUGCAGUUCACAGAAUUACAAAAUCAUGCCCCCCCUUUUUUUUUCUUUUCUGUUGAUGAAUUUAGCUGGUCAAUGACUUAGAGUGGCCUAUUUUACCGUGAAUUGUAAUUAGUUACAAUAAAUGCAGUAUUGAAACCUGUUAACAGCA